ACCGUCGCCGGCGCCACACGAUCGCCGCCGCACCGACUCGCUGCGAAACUUUCCCGAACUUCGAUUGUGGAACUGAAAGUGCGCGAUGUGCUGAGCGAAUCGAAUGCAAUCUGUGUUCAGUGAGCAAAGUGGAUUUUAGUUUAAAACUUUUUCUGAUCAACCAACCAACCUGUGUUCUUUACUAUGGAUGCAUUUUGAACUUUAAUUUAUGGGUAUAACAAGAUGCGCGUGGUAAGCUGCGCAGUGUGUGGAAACAGUCGGCCACUGCAGUAAGCGGUGCAGCAUGGCCCGCACGCAUGCGCUCUCGCGCACGCUACUGCUCCUAGUGUUGCUGCUUGCCAAAGAAUACGGAGUCACGAGCCUGGAGCUAUUGGAGCUCCGCGUACCGGCACACGUGCCGCUGGGCACUCGUGCGCAGUUGUCGUGCCGUUGGGCGCUGGGUCCCACGGACGUACUGUACUCCGUCAAGUGGUACAAGGAUGGCCGGGAGUUCUUCCGUCAUGUGCCACGCGACCUCGAGCCGCGAAGGAAGUUUCCGCUGCCUGGAGUCGAUGUUGAGAAAUCGAGUCCGAAUGGGGCAAACAUCACUCUGUACCCUGCAGUUCUGGAAACAGGCGGAAGGUAUCGUUGUGAGGUCUCAGGAGAGAGGCCGCUCUUCCCCACUGUGUCGGACCACUCCGACAUGGUCAUUGUGGCUCUCCCAGAUCACGGGCCGACCAUCACGGGCUCUCGUCUUCGAUACCAGAUAGGGGACCGGGUGCAGGCUAACUGCACUUCUGGGCGUUCACGACCAGCCACCAGACUGGCGUGGUACAUCAACGGUGAGCCGGCACCUCUCGGAGCCACACAGCCCCCGACACACGAACGGCACGAAGAUGGCCUGGAGACCACCAGCUUGGCCCUGGACUUCAAAGUCAAGCCCAAGCACUUUAGAAAAGGAGAUCUUAAACUAAAAUGCUUAGCAACAAUAGCAACGGUCUACUGGCGUAGCAACGAGGAGAGCGUGCAAGGAGACCGAUCCAAAGGUUACGCUAGGUCCCGAGAGCUCACUGAAGGAGGAUCUAGGGCUGACCGGGUGCAGGCUGCCAACCGACUAAAUUCAGCACCAAUCCUCACAAUCAAAUUGUUAUUGCUCAGUGCAGUGAUCGUGCCCGUCUUACCGACUCUAUAAUCAUAAUCACUGAGUGAAGCAGUGAAUAAGGAACAAUAAAAACUUCCAAGUGACGUAGAUUUACGCCGAAAUAUUGUUAGCGAACUAAUUUAACUGUUGAAUGUGUGAUUUAUGUGCCAUUGUUCGUUGCGAGUGUUCUGUUUAUUUUUAUUUAACACCUCAUUUUGUCCAAAGAUACAGUUGCUGACCAAAGGAAAAGUGUUUACUUUAAAAUAUAAGAAAGUUGUGUGACACGUCGACAGUAGAUAUUCAUAUUGUCUAACACUUAUAUACAUAAUUGAAAACUAUUGAACUGCACGAAGAUGGUAAUAAAUUGUACUACAUUACAAAAUGAUGCUGUCAGGUACUAAAAAAGUGACAAAAUCAUUUUCUGGGACAUUAUAAAAUACCAUAACCCAGUUCUAGUAUAUUGAAAUUGUUUAAUGAUAUUACCCUUACCCUACCUUACCUUACCUUACCUUCCCUUACGCAAGUUCAGAUAAGUCGAAUACGUUAACUAAUUUUUACUGUUUUUUAAAAGAGAAUUUUGUGCUCUGUCUUAUUCUAUUUAAAACGAAUAUUAGACCAUUUAUCACUUAG